AUGUCAGGUCGAUCACCUGAAGUAUUAGUUUCGGCAUUUUUGGCUUUAUUAUCACCUGAUAAAUUAUCACCUGAUAUCAUUAUAGCAGGAGUAAAAAAUAUGAGGGCACAUGCCUUACAAUUUCCAAUCAACCGUAAUGGUGUAAUAGAUAUUGUUGGUACAGGCGGUGAUGGAUUAGAUACAUUCAAUAUUUCAACAUCAGCAGCAUUUAUAGUAGCAAGUUGCGGUGUACCAGUUGUGAAAUGUGGCAAUCGUAGUAGCAGUAGCAAAUGUGGAAGCGCUGAUUUAUUAGAAGCAUUAGGUGCAAACAUUACUUUAGAUUUAACAUAUUCAAGUGAAAUUUUUAAAAGAUGUGGUUUCUGUUUUUUAUUUGCACAAAAAUGUUAUGCAUCAAUGAAACAUGUUGGUCCAAUUCGAAAACAGUUAGGUAUAAAAACAAUAUUCAAUGUUUUAGGUCCAUUAAUUAAUCCAUGUAUACCGGACUAUCAAUUAACUGGUGUAUAUGAUAGAUCAUUGGGUUUAUUAUUUAUACAAUGUUUAAAAAGAUUAGGGGUGAAAAGUGCAAUGAUAGUACAUAGUGAAGAAGGUAUGGAUGAAAUAUCAAUACAAGGUAAAACACAUAUUUGGCAUUUAAAGUUAGAUGGUAAUAUUGUUGAAUUCGAUGUGACACCGGAUAAUGAUUUUGGUAUAAAAAAACAGAAUUUAUCAGCAGUAAUAAGUGGUAGCCCACAAGAAAAUGCUAUUAAAUUAAAUAAGAUAUUAUCUGGAGGAUAUGAAUGUGCUAUAUUAGAUCAUGUAUUAAUUAAUGCUUCAGCUGCAUUAGUUAUAACUGGUAGAGCUAAAGAUUUUAGAGAUGGUGUAGUUAUUGCCAGAGAAAGUAUUA